CACAUAAGAACCGCCGAACUCUGCUCCCUGGCCGCCUCCUCCUCCUCUCCCCGAGCCGCUGCUCGAGGCAGGCUGCCGCCGUUGCAAAGGAGCCUUCGUGGCGCGAAAGACUUCAUAUUGUUACUGAAGUGAUGUCUCAACUGAAGUUCUGUUCUCGAAGAUCUCCCGUGGUUUGCACUAGUGGUUGUGUUGCAUCAAGCCAGCCCCUUGCAACAAAUGUUGGCCUUGAUAUUUUAAAGAGUGGCGGAAAUGCCAUAGAUGCUGCUGUAGCUGUAGCAGCCGCUUUAAAUGUUACUGAACCAUGCAGUACUGGUGUCGGGGGAGACUGCUUCUGCCUGUAUUAUGAUGCAAACACCAAACAGGUAUAUGGGCUCAAUGGAAGUGGGCGAUCUCCACAGUCUUUGACUCUUGCACUGCUAAAAGAACAUGGUUUUGAUGAAGCAAAUCCUCCACCUCCCCUACAUGCAUAUUAUGUCACGGUACCCGGUGCAGCAGCUGGAUGGUGUAAUGCAAUUGAGUUAUUUGGGAGCAAAAAUCUUUCCAUGGAGCAGAUACUGCAGCCGGCUAUAGAACUAGCUGAAAAGGGCUUUCCGGUAUCAGAGAUUACUUCUUACUACUGGAAGCGUGAUGCUCAUGUUCUUCAGGCCGCUGGAAACCCACAUGGGAAAGACCUGCUGAUUGAUGGCCAGGCACCUGAGCAUGGUCAAGUUUUUCACAAUCCGUUUUUGGCAAACACUUUUAAGGAGCUGGCUAAAUCUGGAAAACAAGGCUUCUAUGAAGGCCAUGUGGCUGAAGCUAUCAUUGAAAUCAUUCACAGUAAUGGGGGAGUAAUGAAUUUAGACGAUCUGAAAAAUCAUGUCACUGAACAAGUUAAACCUAUUGUCACAAAUUACAAGGGUGUGAAUGUUUGGGAAAUCCCUCCCAAUGGACAAGGAAUUAUAGCACUCUUAGCCCUGAACAUUUUAGAAAAUUUCAAUGUGAAAGAAAUGGGUCAUAAUACCGCUACUUAUUUACAUGUUCUAAUUGAAGCUUUAAAAACCAGUUUUUCUGAUGCACUCUGGUUCUGUGCAGAUCCAGAAAAAGUUUACGUUCCAACAGCAGAACUCCUUUCAAAAUCUUAUGCCAGGAAUCGUUCACAGCUAAUUGAUUUACAGAGAGCAACUUGCAACCUUCAUCCUGGAAACCCUUUUUCAGUAGGAAGCGACACGGUUUAUUUUACUGUGGUGGAUGCUCAAGGCAACGCAUGCUCCUUCAUUAACAGCAACUAUAUGGGAUUUGGCACAGGGCUAGUACCUGACGGCUGUGGAUUUACAUUGCAAAACAGAGGCUUCAAUUUUUCACUACACCCUGAACACCCAAACUGCCUGGCACCUAACAAGCGACCAUAUCACACGAUUAUACCUGCUCUGGCAACAGCUGCAGACUCAGGGGAACUUCUGUGCAGUUUUGGAGUAAUGGGUGGGUUCAUGCAGCCGCAAGGACAUGUGCAGGUACUUCUGAACAUGUUGGAAUUUGGGAUGAAUCCACAGCAGGCCUUGGAUGCUGCUCGUGUUUUUGUGGAAUACAAUAAAAAAGAGGAUGCAUGGUAUAUAUUCUUGGAAGAUGGCGUCCCACAGAAUGUCGCAGAAGAAUUGAGAGCCAAGGGUCAUACUGUCAUGAUGCCCGUAACUGGGAAUAGCAGGAGUAUGUUUGGACGAGGUCAAAUCAUCACCAAAGGAAGCUGGUGGAGACAUGGGGGGAAACUGUCUUUUUCUAGUAAUGUAUUAUGGGCUGGUUCUGAUCCUCGAGCUGAUGGUUGUGCACUGGGGUACUAGCAUCAAAGAAAAAAAAUGGCUAUGUGUAAAAAUCCAUUUGUGAUGCCAUUGAAAGUGACCAAGUGUUCGGAGAGAUGGGUAAACAUCUUCACUGCUGUCAUUGGUUAGAAUGUAUACUCUGGUUUGUCAUAGACACCUUGGUUUGAAGCUGUGAAGAAUAACUCUCAGGGGGAGACAGGCUGGAUAUAAACCAAUGGUUAUAUUCCAUAUAAUGGAAUCUAAUGAUCAUGAUUCAUGAUUUUGGACAGAAAAAGAAUCCAAGAAAAAAAUACUGUUUUUAUAAAAAUCCAUAUCUGUCUUAAUGAAAAAUAUAUCAGCUCCCCUUUAAAAAUGAUAAUCCAUUUACAAUUAUUAUUGUUGUUUAUUUAUAAUCCGCUUUUCUCGCUGAGAUCCAAGGCAGAUUACAUACUGCAAGUGAAUACAAUAACAUCAAUAGCUAGAACAUUCACAGAGCAAAAAUACAAUAUGAUCAGUUGGGACAUUCAAUAAAUACAGAUGGUGGAAUAAAUUUUAAGUCAUAUUUUGCUAU